AUGGCUGGAGAAUUGGCGAAAGAUGAUCCCGUAAAACAGCCAAAAGUUAAAACCCAUGACAGAAUUUUAGAUAAAAUUAUAAAUUCUAUAGAUUGUAGAUUUAAGAAUAAUGGUGAGCCUUAUAAGGAUAUUGUCUUAUUGUAUCCAAUAAAUUUUGAUGAAGUUAAACAAGGAGUACCAUUAAAUAAAUCUAAAAAAUUGUGUGAACUGCUAGCUAGAAAACUAUUACCCAAAUAUUACAAAAGAAAAUCUGCAAAAAGAAUUGUUAUAAAAACAGAUGAAACUGAUGAAGAAGACAAGGAUGAUUUUGAAAGAGAUGGUGGUUUUGAUCUUAUUAAUAAGAAAUGCAAAUCUUGCCGUGCAAUUUACUGUUAUUAUGUCAUUCAAAAGUACAAUAUGUACAGUGAGGCAUAUUCUGCACUAGGAAAUGCUUAA